ACGAGGGACUGAUUGGGCAAUAAUGAUGACUUGUGAUUGGGUUGACAGAUUCGGUCCCAGCGAUGGCGGAUGCCUUCCGUGGCCCAGAUUGUGGCCCGCUCCGGCUCCUUUAGCCAUGCCGUCGAGCCUUCAGCCGCGAUUGGUUGUCGCGUGUCUGGCUCCAAUUGACGACGCACUUGCCUCUCUCCUCCCCCCUUGUUGUGGAUUUUCGGACAGAUGUGGUAGCUGCGCAGGGGAAUGUGGCUCCUUCUCUGAUCGUUCCCGCGAUGGAGGAAGACGGAGAAAUUUGAAAGUAUGAUUGAAAGGUUCUGAAAUUCGUCGACUUCAUUUGAAGCGUCUAUACUUCGCUCCACUUUCGCCUCCUGCCUCUGAGGAACGAAGGAAAGUGCAGGGAAAUCAGAGGGAUAAAAUGUCAGGGAUGUCUACACUUGCUCUGCGAAGACCCUGUUCUUCUGGAAUUGUGCAAUCCUCGAUUGAGCCACAGAUUUCAAAGAUGCAGAGCGGGUUGGCAAGAAUGCUGCCAGGAGUUUCUGGCUGCAGAGAGUUUCUGCGCGGUCGCCAGAUGAGCCAACUAACGGGAAAUAGCCUCAUUGGCAUGGGAGCAACGGGUUUGCCAGAACUGCGGGUGAGAAGCCAGAAACAUCACCGUAGUGGAAAAGUUGCUCUGCGAUGUGGAAUUCGGUCGGAAUUACCGCUUGGAAAUUCUGGUCCGCCUAACAUCGAGUUUGGAAGCCACAUUACGAAGAGGGAAAGGCCGAAUUUAUUGCUAGUGCAGGCAGCUGAUGCUGAUCCAAGCUCCACGGAAAAGUCCCUCUUUCAACAGGCUGCGGGACUUCUUCAAUGGGUUGUUUCGCUUGGAUUGUUCCUGGCGCUAGAUAUGUUUUUGAAACAAUCAUUUGUUACGGCAGGAAUUAAAUUUCCCAGUGCUCUUUUCGGGAUGUUCUGCAUCUUCACCUCAUUGGUUAUCACGGAUCUGGUAAAACCGGAGGCUGCCGCUGCGUUUAUUAGUUUCUUCCAGCCCGGUAUCAUGUUUAUACAGCGUUGGCUUCCCCUUUUCUACGUUCCGUCCCUCGUCGUCGUCCCGUUGGCCAUACAGGGCAUCCCAACAGCAGCUGCAGCAAAAAUUACUCUCGUUUUUGUUGUUGGCUGGAUGGCCAGUCUUGCCGUAGCAGGAUAUACCACUGUGAUGAUGCGAAAUAUCGUGAAGACAGUGGUGCAGCCCGCCGAGUACACCCCAAAGCCCCCACCUUUUUCAGAUGUGGAAUUUAAGGCUUUGGCCGCUGCAGCGGUGGUUUUCCUCGCUGUUGCAGUUUGGCAACCAACUGCUUUCGGCACCCCUGCUAUGACAACUCUUCCAUAUUUCCUCUCUGCGACUGCUCUUGGUUACGUCUUCGGCACCAGCCUUCCUGCAGAUUUCAAGAAAAUCUGCCACCCAAUUAUCACUUGCGCAGUCACCGCUGAUUUGGCAGCUUUUAUUUAUGGCAAAGUGACUGGAGUAGGCUUUGAAGGAGCACUAAAGUAUUACAUGACAAAGCAGGCAGGAAAUCCAGGAGCAGGAGACAUAUAUAUGGGCUUUCUUGGAUCAGUGAUCCUUUCGUUCGCAUUUUCCAUGUUCCGCCAGCGAGUGCUUGUCAAGCGACAUGCCGCGGAGAUAUUUUCUGCGGUUAUUGCAUCGUCUCUUUUCUCUAUGUACUCCACGGCGGCUGCUGGUAGACUAAUUGGACUGUCAUCAAAUCUUACCCUGGCCGUUGUCCCAAGAUGUAUCACUGUGGCUCUGGCUCUUCCUAUUGCUGGUCUUCUUGAAGCGGGGAAUCCUUCGCUCACAGCAGCAGUAGUCGUCUUAACGGGGCUCAUCGGAGCCAAUUUCGGUCAAGCUCUGAUGGAUAAAUUAGGCUUCAGUGACCCGAUCACAAGGGGCAUGGCAACUGCCACCAGUGCACACGGACUAGGCACGGCUGCUCUCUCUGCCAAAGAACCAGAAGCUCUUCCAUUCUGUGCAAUCGCGUAUGCCUUGACAGGGAUCUGUUGCUCGAUUCUUGUAUCAGUUCCUGCAAUUCAGCAAUCUCUACUGUAUGUUGCCGGACACGCCGCAGCGUGAACUGGGUCUUUCCUUCCCGAUUAUUUCUUUCACUAACGGAUGUUGGUGGAAGCACGUCAAUCUCGAUUUGUCGACUUGUAGAACUUGUAGAUCUUCUAUCGCAAACAGUAGUUUAAGCCCUGCCAUCAGUGUAAUGUGUCUGCACAUCUAGCACGCCAGAUAGAACAGUGGUACACAGAAGGUGUAUUAAGUUCGAAGUAUUGAUUACUUUCUUACAUCGAUGACAGAUGAGCUGAAGAGGAUAUAUUUUCCCCUGAAGCUAUUUGUAUGCUCUUAGCCAGCGAGAGCAAAAGAAACUGGAUACCCAUUCUCAUUGACUCAGAAGGAUUUGUUUGCUUGCUUUUUUAUUAAAUUUUUUCCUCAAG